AUGCUGUUUGCACAGCAGGUGCUUCGGCCAUUUCUGGCCUCGAUCGCUUUGGCGACUCUAGGAUCCGCUGCGUCCAGUUCCUAUUAUGAUAGCUCUGCGACGGGAACGGCAGGCAGUUCGAUAACUACGACUUUCUCCACCUCGACGACGACCUCGACCGGUAGUGCGACGCAUACUAUCCAAGUUGGGCCAGAUUCGAGUCCGCAUGCCUACGUUCCUCAUAGCAUCACGGCCAACCCUGGCGACGUUGUUGUCUUUGAAUUCUACCCAACAAACCACUCUGUCGUACAGGCAGACUAUGGAUCGCCCUGCCGCUAUCCGUCUAGUGGUUCAUAUUUCUAUUCUGGGAUGUUUAACAGCUUCAACGAGAAAGAUGGCCAACUUGUCGGUCCUCCAACGUUUUUCUACUGCACUGCGAUCGGUUCAUGCCUGGAAAAUGGAAUGGUGGGCGUCAUCAACCCGAACUCGACCGAAACCUUCGAAUCGCAAUACAAAAAAGCUCUCACCUAUCCCUAUAUGCUAGUACCCGGCCAGUCUGCGCCCGCCGAGGGCAGCGGGUCAACAGGUGACUCAACGUCGACAACCACAAGCGCGAGCACCAGCGCCACAACCAGCAGUGCCUCAUCUGGCGGAGGCGGAGGAGGGUUGAGUGGCGGAGCGAUUGCCGGCAUUGUCAUCGCAGCCGUGGCGUUCGUUGCUAUUUUGGUCGCACUGUUCUUUGUCCUCGGUCGCAAUCGCGUAUACUCACAAUGGAUGUCCUCACAAGACGGGCGGACCGAGCGCACGGCGCGAUGGGCUUUGUUCAACAACACGGGCGGCUCGAUUGGAAACCGCAAGAGUGAACUCGACAGCAAUACUGCCAGGGCGCCGGGUACCGAUGUCACCUCGGUCGGUAGUCCAGACCCGACGAUGCGACAGUUCUCGCCAGCUCCAGAAUCAGUAUCAGGGUUUGGAGGCUCAUCGCCUCGUCAUAAUUCUGGCCAAUGGAAUUGGGAUAUUCCGCAAAAUUCGCGCAGCCCCCGUGGUCCAACCGAGCUUGAAGCAAACGCUAUCAUUCAUCAGCUUCCAGAGCGGAGAGGGUCAUAA